UGUUGUACAUUGUUUUCCCGUCAUGAGAAAAAGGAGAAGUGGCAAUAAAACAGGUCAUUAUCAGUCAGCAGAGAAGGAACAGAGGCAGAGAGAAGCGACAGAAACCAAGAGUUUAGAGACUAAAUAAACACAAGCUGUCAAGUGUGAACGCUGUAAAGCCAACAGGCUUGACUAGUUCUUUCGGAAACAAUUUUUGAAUGCAAGGGUUAAUUAGAAAAGCUUUUUACUUUGACUACAUACCGGGUUGAUCAUGGAAGGAGUUUUGACUUUAGUUUUGCUGUGUGCUGUUUCUGCAUUGGGACAAAUGAAACCCGCUAAUGUUGGCAAUGUUCAAACUUUUCAAACAGAGACUGAAUUAACAUUCCAAUGGGAUAUAGUCGACGGCAACACAAGUUACAGUUAUAAACUGAUGAACGGCAGUGCCCAAGUCGUUCUGAUCAAUGUAACAGGAACGGAUCGUGUAGUAACUUAUAAAGUCUCAUCUCUGUCUCCUGGAACUAAUUACUCCUUUACACUUUACACUGUGUUUAAUGGGAAUCAGAGCGAUGGAUAUCAUUUCUCGGCUGUAACUGAUCCAUCUAAUGUUGGGAGUGUUUCGGUCGUCAAUCGGAAAGAGACUUUUAUAACAUUACAAUGGGAAAAAGUCGACAAACGCAACGAUUACACUUAUGAGCUGAUAAACUGGAAUAAAGACGAGCCUCCAGAACUUAUAUCACCAACUGAUACUUUAGUGGAACACAAUGUCACGUCUCUGGCUCCAGGGACUGAAUACUCAUUUACACUCUAUACUGUGUUUGAAGAUGUGAAGAGCAGUGGAUACAACUUCUCCAAUGUAACCGUUCCAUCUAAUGUUGGGAGUGUUUCGGUCUUCGAUCGGAAAGAGACUUAUAUAAUAUUACAAUGGGACAAAGUCGACAAACGCAACGAUUACACUUAUGAGCUGAUAAACUGGAAUAAAGUCGAGCCUCCAAUACAUAUAUCACCAACUGAUCCUUUAGUGGAACAUAAUGUCACGUCUCUGGCUCCAGGGACUGAAUACUCAUUUACACUCUAUACUGUGUUUGAAGAUGUGAAGAGCAGUGGAUACAACUUCUCCAAUGUAACCGUGCCAUCUAAUAUUGCAAAUACACCAACAGUGGUCGAUUUCAAUGACACCGACGUGAUCUUUCAAUGGACCACGAGCAACAAAGCAUACAACUAUUCUCUUGAAAGAAGCAACACAUCACGUGAAUACAUUUAUAACAUUGGAGAAGGGAUUAAGGUCACAUGUCAUAUAAAUGGUUUAAUUCCUGCAACAAACUACAGCUUCACUCUGUACACAGAGUUUUUUGAUGUGAGAAGUACUGGAUUCACAUUCAGUCACACCACGAGUCUAUCUCGCGUAACUGAAGUCAUAUUCACUCGAUCACAGACACAGUUGAAUAUCACGUGGAAUAAGUUGAACAAAAACAACAUCUACGACUACAUCUUGAGUGAAAGUGAUGGAAAUGAGAAACGUUACUAUGGAUCUUCUGAGGGAAAUGAGUUUACACAUAUUUACUCAUCCCUCACACCAGGGACAGUAUACAGUUUUACUCUCUACACUGAGGUGAAUGGUCAAAGAAAUGGGUCCACCAUCAAGAGCAUCACCACCAUUAACUGUGUGUCCUUUAAGUGGGACGUCACCAAUUCAUCUAUAGAUGCUCAAGUGAUUGGUAGCACACAUGUAAAAGCUAAAAGCAGAACCAGCAAUGCUACAAUUCUCCCUGUAGUGGACAACAGGGUGAAUCUGCAAGAGCUUUAUCCUGGAGAUAACUACACUGUCUCACUGUGGUAUUAUUUGGACUCAGAGAAACUCCUACAGUGCUCACAUCUCCUGACGUUAGUUCCAAAUAGUGUAGUUCGUCUUCGCUGUGAUCAUUUUUCUGGAGGAUAUGGUCUGGCUGUAAUUUGGGAUCCUCCAUAUGGAGUUGUGGAUGUGGUGCAGGUGGACGUUGAUAAACAACGUUUCAUCCUUACUUCAAACGCAUCACAGAGACAGGAGGUAAAGAGCCUGCAAGCUGCCCAAUGGUACAAAGUGACAGCGACAUCAUUCUCUGGAGCCAUGAAGAGUCAAACAGAAUCACGCAACUGUCAAACUAAUCCAGCAGGAGUUAUAGCAGGUGUCCUUGUGUUUUUCCUGUUGGUCAUCAUUAUUUGUGCUGCAGUCUUUUUAUGGCUCCGCUAUGGUUCUGCAAAGCGUAAUAAUAGUUCCAAACCACUAGUGGAGUCAAAAGUGACAAAAAAAAACUACAAACCGAUCCCCGUGGAUACAUUUCCUGAACAUUUUCGAAACAUGAGUUGUGAUGAGAACAGAGGUUUCAGUGAGGAAUAUGAGGACUUGAGUUCAGUGGGUAUAGAACAGUCAAGUGCUGCGGCUGAUCUGCCUGAAAACAAGGACAAAAACAGAUUUUCAAAUGUUUUACCUUAUGACUCCUCCAGAGUGCAUCUCACUGUAAAUGAUGAAGAGGAUUCUGAUUAUAUUAAUGCCAGCUACAUGCCUGGAUAUGGUAAUGCAAGCAAACAGUACAUCGCUGCUCAAGGUCCGCUGCCAUCCACCGUCAAUGACUUCUGGAGAAUGGUGUGGGAGAAAAGGUCACAGGCAAUCGUCAUGGUAACCAACUGCACUGAGAGUGGAAGGGUCAAGUGUGAGCAGUACUGGCCACUGGACUACUCGCCUUGUCUCUAUGGAAACCUGGUUGUGACUGUGAAAUCAGAGGAUAAAGCUCAAAGUUGGACUCUGCGAGAACUUAAUAUCAAAAAUAAAAGCACCUCUGAGACACGAACAGUGAAGCACUUCCACUUCACAGCGUGGCCAGAUCAUGGCGUUCCCUUUGGCACAGAGGAGCUGAUCAAGUUCAGAGGACGUGUCCGUCAGCACAUAGGGAAUUCCUACUCUGCAGGGCCAACAGUCGUACACUGCAGUGCUGGAGUGGGCCGGACAGGUACACUGAUCGCCCUGGACGUUCUUCUGCAGCAGCUGGACAGAGAAAAGACAGUGGGCAUUGCAGCGUUCGUCCAGCAAAUGAGACUCUGCCGGCCACUUAUGGUGCAAACUGAGUCUCAGUACGUGUUCCUGCACCAGUGCAUCAUGGAUUCUCUGAAAACCAAAGUCGUGGCUCAGUCAGAGCCUCUCUAUGAAAACACAGACACGAUCUACGUCAACUCAAUAGCGUUAAAACAAUAUGAAAAUGGAAGUAAGAUAUGAGGAAAAAUAGAAUAACAUCUUAAAAUGUAACAUAAUUCAUGUGUGGUUAGCAAAACCGUGUUCUUAUAAUAAUAACGUAAGAUCAAAAACAGUCAUGGAAUUUGUCAGUACAACCUUGAAGCCACAUUGGUAUAUUUUUUGAGCAUGACUUCCAACAAUUUGAAUGAAAUUUUUCUCA